CGUCAGAGAAUUGAGCUCAGCGGACUCCCUUUCUUUUCCUCCCCCUCGUUUCGCCGCGCACUCCGACAUGGCGUCGCCGCGGCUGGAGACGUUCUGCUGCUCCAACCGGGACGCGGCCACCGAGCUGGUGGUCGCCUUCCAGCCGCUCCCGUUCGGAGUCGUGACGGCGGCCAGCGCGGCCGUGAGCGUGCUGCUCACGGUGCUGCAGAUCCUGCCCAAGAGGAAAGGCUACCGGAGGCUGGGCCAGUACCCGCUGCCCAGACCGGUGUCCUCGGCGCGGAUCCUCUUCAUCAUCAGCGUCUGCGACAUUUUGGGAUGUGCAGGCAUCAUUUUGAGGUCGUCUUUGUGGGUGGGCCUCCCAAACACGGUGGAACAGAUCUCCGAGGCCAACAGCACCGACACUUGGCCGGACGUCUUCUGCCUCGGCAGCGCAAUGUGGAUCCAGUUGUUCUACAGCGCUUCGUUCUGGUGGACCUUUUGUUACGCCGUGGAUGUCUUCCUGGUGGUCAAGACGUCUGCGGGAAUCAGCACCAUUAUCCUCUACCACAUGAUCACAUGGGGUCUGGCUUUGCUGCUGUGUAUCGAAGGCGUGGCCAUGCUCUACUACCCCUCCAUCUCCAACUGUGAGCAAGGCUUCCAGCACGCCAUCCCUCACUACGUCACCACGUACGCGCCCAUGCUGCUGGUCCUCGUGGCCAACCCCAUCUUCUUCAAUUGGACCACUUCCGCAGUGACAUCGUUGCUAAAAGGGCGUCAAGGGAUCUACACAGAAAACGAGCGUCGGCUGGCCAGCGCCAUAAAAAUACGCUUCUUUAAAAUUAUGCUGGUGUUCUUUAUUUGCUGGAUCCCCAACAUCAUCAACGAGGGCCUCCUCUUCUACCUGGAGACGCAGGGCAACAUCGACGACAGCAGCCUCAGGAAUUUCAAAAACGCUGCCCUCAUCACAUGGUUCAUCAUGGGGAUCUUGAACCCCAUGCAGGCCUUCCUCAACACGCUGGCCUUCCACGGCUGGACGGGCUUCGACUUGGACCUGAGCCCGAGGGGGGGGGGCGAGCCGGCCUGGGAGUCGGCCUCCACGUCGGUGGCCGACGCGGGGGGGCACGACUCCAUGGUGGGCACGGCCCUGCUCUACCAGAGUCACGUGCAGGAGGCCAAGAAAAACCUGAACGGCCACGGGCAGCCGCAGUCCGACGCCAUCAGCGUCCUCUCAGAAGCGAAAGCAUCCAAGAAUGUCACAAGCCUGUGAACCGCAUGCAAAGUGGAUGUUAAGUCUGACACUGUGGAAUCUUCUCCAGAUCACCCCCCAUUCAUCUUGAGGUCACUUGUUUGCCUUGUUGUUAAAGUCGUCACUAGGACCGCCAACGUGAUGUCCUUUUGUUCCGGAGGAAAACAUGUUGAAGCAAUUAAACAGGCCUAACUUCAUCACACCACCGAUAACACUGGCACGUGUUCAAUUCAUACAUUUGAUUGAUUUGUUUCUAUUUCCAAGCAAUUUUUUUUUCCCCCCAUGAGAAAUGAUGGAAGGCAGCUUCUCGGAGCAGCGCUUCGCACAUCAGCCUCACAGUCGAAACGUUCGCGAUUCGAAUCGCAGCUGCGGCCAUCUUGUGUGGAGUUUAUAUGCUCUCCCUGUGUUUGCGGGAGUUUGCGCCGGCUCCCUCCCACAUUUCAAAAACAUGCCUGUUAGGCUCAUUGAAGACUCUAAAUUGUCCGUAGGAGUGAAUGCAAGUGUGAAUGACUGUUGGUCUAUUUGUGCCCUAGCCGCUUUAGAAAAAUGUCAAUUGUGCAACCGCAUUGGGUCAGUUAAAUAAGACGAUGCCCUGACAUUGCCAAAAACUGACUGCUGUAAUUUCACCCCCGUGCAGCCACUAGUGGACGCAUUUCAACAGUAUUUGGGGAUUUCUGCGCUAAGUUAUGCCGUAUUAAACAUUAUUAUGGUCUUGAUUCCCUUUCUUUAUUUGUUCCGUUGAGAGCAUCUCAAUGCAUUCAUAUGCAAUUUCUAACGGAAUUGUUAUUGGACUUGAAUGCUGUACUUUGCAUUGCUUACUGUUGUUUCUUAACGUGUUUAUACAGUAUGUAACUGUAGUGUAGUCAACUCACCACUGGCAAAGCUUUCCCUCGUACUUCUUUUACUGACAUGUUCCACUGUCUUCUUCACUAAUGUCUGUCAUUUCCAAUUGCCCGCACUUUUUGAUGUUUUCAUUUCUAAUUCUUCUGUAUGACGUGCCAGAAAUAAAGGCUUAUCAUACACAUUUUAAAACGCUUGUUGACACUUCAUUAUGACGAAUGUCUCACGUUGUCUGUUUUAUUGUCAUGACUUCACGAGUGGGAUGAGUUUGACCAUUUUCACUAUUUUAUAUAACAUUUGUGUGCAUUUCAGUUUCUACUUCAGUUUUUCUUCAAUAUUCUUAGCACAGAUGGGAAAUAUUUUGACAUUUUUGGAGCCAGAUGCAUUUAUGAUGCAUUCAAAGAAAAUGUCUUGACCUCACCCUAUUUCCCGCCCCAGUAUUUUUCUUUUACUCAAGGCAUUUCCCAGGAUGCAUUUA